AAGGAACUGAGUGAGGCAGUUCUUUAUAGUUGCGCCUCAGACAUGGAUGGGACAGAGAGGAGUCGGCAGAGCUGCGCUGAGACGGACCAGGCGCGACAGCCCAUGAUGGAACUCAAUGGAAAAGAUCACAGUGACUCGCCGUCACAUAGAGUCACGCUUAAAAAAGAAAUCGGACUUCUCAGCGCAUGUGCCAUUAUUAUUGGUAACAUCAUUGGUUCGGGGAUAUUCAUCUCACCUAAGGGGGUUUUGGAGCACGCUGGCUCGGUGGGUCUGUCCCUUAUCGUGUGGGUGUGUGGAGGGGGUAUCUGCGCCCUGGGCUCCAUGUGUUACGCCGAGCUGGGGGUCACCAUUCCCAAGUCAGGAGGAGACUACUCCUACGUCACAGAGAUAUUCGGAGGCCUGGUGGGGUUCCUGCUCCUAUGGAGCGCGGUUCUCAUCAUGUACCCCACCACCCUGGCUGUCAUAGCUCUCACCUUCUCCAACUACGUCCUGCAGCCGGCCUUCCAGAACUGUGUUCCUCCAUACUUGGCCACCAGGCUUCUCUCCACCAUCUGCAUAUUGUUCCUGACGUGGGUGAACUGUUCCAGCGUCCGCUGGGCCACCAGGAUCCAGGAUGUGUUCACUGUGGCCAAGCUGCUGGCUCUGGGACUCAUCAUAAUGGUGGGACUGGUGCAGAUCUGUAGAGGUCACUAUGAUGCUCUGAGACCCAGUCAGGCGUUUGAGUUCACCCGGGACCCGUCUGUGGGGCAGAUAGCUCUGGCUUUCCUCCAGGCCUCCUUCGCCUUCAGCGGCUGGAACUUCCUGAACUACGUCACUGAGGAGGUGGUCGAGCCUCGCAAGAACCUGCCCCGAGCGAUCUACAUAUCCAUUCCCCUGGUGACGUUAGUCUACACACUGACCAACAUCGCAUACUUCUCCUCCAUGACCCCCGAAGAGCUGUUGGCAUCCAACGCCGUGGCCGUGACAUUUGGUGAGAAGUUGCUGGGCGUAUUCUCCUGGGUGAUGCCCAUCUCUGUGGCUCUGUCGACAUUCGGAGGCAUCAACGGCUAUCUCUUCACCUCUUCCAGGUUGUGUUUCUCUGGAGCCAGAGAGGGUCACCUGCCUUACCUGUUGGCCAUGAUCCACCUGAAAAACUGCACCCCUAUUCCUGCUCUGCUAGUCUGUUGCGGAGCCACCAUUGUGAUCCUGUGUAUCGGAGAGACUCACAACCUGAUCAACUAUGUGUCUUUUAUCAACUUCCUGUCCUAUGGAGUGACCAUCGCCGGCCUGCUGUACUAUCGCUGGAAGAGACCCAACCUGCUACGACCCAUCAAGGUGAGUGUGUUGGUCCCUAUCAGCUACCUGGUGUUCUGGGCGGUGCUGCUGGGGUUCAGCCUGUACUCGGAGCCCGUGGUGUGUGGCAUGGGGAUCGUCAUCAUGCUCACCGGGGUACCCGUCUACUUCGUCGGAGUCCACUGGAAGAACAAGCCCAGAUGUGUCUACAGGGUUGUGGAGUGUGUGACCUACGUGGGUCAGAAGCUGUGUUUUGUGGUGUUCCCCCAAGAAGACCUGUCAGAGAUCACCCCCCUCACAGCCUCGGAUAAACACAGCGACUGAACGAGACCCCUCACAGCCUCGGAUAAACACAACGACUGAACGAGACCCCCCCCCCUCACAGCCUCGGAUAAACACAACGACUGAACGAGACCCCCCCCCCUCACAGCCUCGGAUAAACACAACGACUGAACGAGACCCCCCCCCCUCACAGCCUCGGAUAAACACAACGACUGAACGAGACCCCCCCCCCUCACAGCCUCGGAUAAACACAACGACUGAAUGACCCCCCCCCUCGCAGCCUCGGAUAAACACAACGACUGAAUGACCCCCCCCCUCGCAGCCUCGGAUAAACACAACGACUGAACGAGCCCCCCCCCCCCUACAGCCUCGGAUAAACACAACGACUGAACGAGCCCCCCCCCUCACAGCCUCCGAUAAACACGACUGAACGAGGACCCCCUCACAGCCUCGGAUAAACUCAACGACUGAAUGACCCCCCCCUCACAGCCUCGGAUAAACACAUCGACUGAACGAGACCCCCCUCACAGCCUCCGAUAAACACAACGACUGAAUGACCCCCCCCCUCACAGCCUCGGAUAAACACAACGACUGAAUGAC